AUGCGCCCCUCCAGCUCUUUAGUAACACCGCUCUUCGCAGUGGCAGCAAUUGCAGCUGCUGUGCCGCAUGAGCAUUGUCCCUUGGCGCAAACGCGAAAUGGCACGUACGAGGGCGUCUACUCCCCGGAAUAUGACCAAGACUUCUUCCUCGGGAUGCCGUUCGCUCAACCGCCGGUAAACGACCUACGCUUUCGCAAUCCACAAUCGCUGAACACAUCAUGGCACGGAUCGCAGCCUGCGGUGGAAUACUCCCCAGCUUGUGUUGGGUACGGGUCUUCCCAGAUGGGCUACGAGAUCUCCGAGGACUGCCUCUACUUGAACGUUAUCCGACCGGCGGGCGUUGGGCCAAAGCAAAAGCUCCCAAUUCUGGUCUGGAUACACGGCGGCGGCUUCGUGCAGGGCUCGGGUGUUGAUCUGCGAUACAACAUGAGCUUCAUUGUCCAGCAGAGCCAGCAGAUGGGACAGCCCAUCAUGGCGGUGACACUGAACUACCGUCUCAGUGCUUUCGGAUUCUUGCAAGGCUACGAUGAGCAGGACGCAUCCGCAGGUGGCAAUUGGGGGGUUAGAGAUCAGAGACUUGCGUUGCACUGGAUCCAGGAGAAUGUAGACGCGUUCGGAGGCGACCCGGACAAGGUCACGAUCUGGGGACAAAGCGCUGGGGCUGGAUCUGUAGGCCUGCAAAUUACAGCAUACGACGGCCGAGAUGAUGGACUCUUUAGGUCUGCAAUCAUGGACUCUGGUAAUCCAAUCUUUUAUGGCGACAUGAAGCAGAACUAUGAACCGAUCUAUCAGAACUUCACCCGUCAAGCUGGCUGCGGCAAUUCGACGGAUGGCCUGCAGUGCCUGAGAGAUCUCCCGUUUGAUGCUCUGAACGACGUACUCAACACUACCGAGUUUUCGGGUGCAUGGACUCCUCAGAUCGAUGGUGAUAUCAUUGCCAGGUACUCAAGCGAUCAAGUCGCUGAUGGGGCUUUUGUGAAAGUCCCGAUCAUUGACGGGACGAACUCGGAUGAAGGAACCAGCUUUGCCCCCGAAGGUCUCAACACAACCAAGCAGUUUCGAGAGGCGUUGAUUUCUGACGAGGGUAUGAAUGCCACCUUUGCUCGAGCUAUUCUCAACGCUUACCCUCUUUUCUCGCCCGACAACGACCUCGCCAAUCUGGGACCCAUCGACUUCGUUCCUCUCGCGUACCCGUACGGCACGCAGUGGCGACGGACGACGACGUACUAUACUGACAGUAGAUUCGAAGCCAACCGGCGGCUGACGUGUCAAACAUGGACGUUUUAUGGCAUCCCAGCAUACUGCUACAGAUUCAACGCCAUUCCGUCCUGGGCCGGUCCAUACGACGGUGCUACACAUUUUGUUGAAGUCGCCUUCGCCAUGAAGAAUCUUCUGGGCGUCGGGUAUCCGCCUGUGCGCAGCCCGCCUUUCCAAGGCCUUUCGAAAGGGUACUUUGAGCUCGCAACGCUUAUGAGUGGCGACUGGGUGAGUUUCGUUGCUCACGGAAACCCGAACAAGUGGGAUCGCGCUGGUGUCAUGGCCAGUCUGCAGAAGCGUGUACCGCACUGGGACAAGUACGCGGACGCGGUCUUUCAGUACGAGGGGAACAGCACGCUACGGAUGAGGAAGGACGAUUGGAGGCAGGAGGGUAUUGAUUUGAUCAACAGCGCCAACAAGGAAGUGUAUGGCAGAUAG